AUGGCUGAUAAUCAAGCUCCUAAUAAAUUGAAAGAAAAGGAUGCGAAUAAUUUAAGUAAUUGGGAAAAACAAGACUUCUUGGCUUUGAAGAAUACUUUAAAUCCAUUCAUCACACACAUUCGAUUCUUCGAAUUGUCUUCAAAAGAUUUUAACGAUAAGGUUCGGCCUUUUAAGAAACUGUUGCCUAAAAAACUGUUUGAAGAUAUUGUGACGUUUUAUAUGAUAAAUGUUCAACAAAAUAUGCCGCCUCCUCGUAACAAAAAAUUAGUUAUUGAUUCAACAAUCAUUAAUUCAAAACAUGCGAUCAUUCUUGCUAACCGGAUUCAAAGAAAAGAUGAUAAGACAAAAAUUUCAAAGAAUAAUAAAUAUCAUUUUAAACUCAUUUACCGAGGAAGUAGGCAUGGUUAUGAUACCAAAUUCAUGCGUAUCAAAUGUGAUGGGCAAGGAGCGUAUAUUUUAAUUAUCAAAACUAAUGAAAAUGAUGCCGUAAUUGGUGGUUUUAAUCCUCUUGGUUACAUUCUAAAAGGAAGUCUAAAUUACAGUUAUUGGAAUAAUACUACCGAAAGUUUUAUAUUUUCUAUUGAUAAAAAAGAUUGGAAAAUUAGUCGUGUUGCAAGUGCAGAUCAUGCUAUAUAUGAACUUUAUGAUACCUAUGACCAUGCGUUGAAUUUUGGUAACAGUGAUUUGGUUAUUAAUGGUAAUGCUGGCACAUGCAAUCAAAAAUAUUAUGAAAGCAAAAUUUUAGAUUCAGAAAAAUUUACCAUCAAAGAAAUGGAGAUCUUUACUUUCAAGGUUGUGAUUUGA